CCGAGAUCUAGACGGGGACAGAUCCCCCAAGAGCGUUAAUCUGCUUCAGCCUCUAAGUUAUUCACCUUCAGCGUCGCCCUAGCCGUUUGAGAUGCCCUCGAUAGCCUACGUUCCUGUCGAAGUCUUCCUCGACAACAUCUUCCAUCUCCUUCCCGUCUCUGAUCUCAUCGCUCUCUCGUUGACCUGCAAAUACUUCUCCCGCAUAUGCGAGGAUGACGCCUAUUGGAAAGGGCGCUGCGCCGCUGAUUUCGACUUGUUCGGAAACGAGACCGCUCAACAACAUGGAUGGAAGGCAUUGUAUCGAGAGCUCAGUUACCCUAAGCUCUUUGUAUGGGGGUGCCGCAGCGAGGGCAGGCUUGGUCCAAAUUCGUAUCGGCCGCUAAGAGGUUCGGGUGUGCCUUUCCCUACCGAGAUCGAGAUUCCAGGGAUACGCCUCGUCUCUUUGGCCGCGAGUGGAUGGUCGUUUCAUGCGUUGGACUCCAAGGGCUCUGUGUACGUUUGGGGUACUUUGAACGGGGAGAGUACGUCACAUGGCCAGGGCUUCAAUAGUCCGUUCAAAUGUGCACCAACCCCUCACAGACUUAUUCUCCCCGAAACCGUUCGAAGGAUCAGCUGUGGUAGGCAUCAUAUGAUGGCGCUCGAUGACAAGACUCAAGUUUGGACAUUCCUUAGCUGGGGACGGCCCUUCCGACUCCAGUCCACUCUGUUGGACUGUCAUUCACCUUUAACGACUCCAGUACAGAUCGAAUGUGGCUGGAUGUUUUCGACUAUUCUUACCGGCUCGGGCGACGUGUUGUUAUAUUGGCCUCACCGCGGCAAUCUACAACACUUCAUAGACGCAAAUGACAGGGCGUUGAACAAGCAGGGCGAUGGUAACGAGGCUCGUGCUUCGGAGGAUGGUGCCAUCCCCUGCGUGACGAGCGUCAUACAGGCUGACCCAUACAGACUCCCUGCUAUUCCCGCCCUUCCUAACCUUCCGGACACUGGGCUUACCCAAGAGCAGCUAGACAGAGAGACAAGAUUGAUCAAAAUUGCCGCAUACGACAAUAAUCUGGUUGGCCUUACCAAUAAAGGCCACGUUCUCAAGUUUGGCGGCCUAGGCAGUCGGAAAGAGUAUCUCCGAAGUCGCUGGGAAUAUCUGCCCAACUUCAGCGAGGCCGCCCGUGUCUGCAGCCACCCCACAUUUGCCGGCCAGAACGCAGUAUGCGAGCCGCCAAAGACGAUGCGUAUAACCCAUCUCUCUGCGCACUUUCGCACAUUCGUAGCUUACUCCAGGGGUCCCAGUUCUGUCGUCCUCAUGGGCGGUCAAUCAACCAAUGUCCGCUCUCGACCCCAGAUAUUGCCCGCUCUGCAGUACCGGUCUAUCGUUUCGGUGACUCUUGGGGAUUACCAUUUUGGCGCUGUGACCUCUACCGGAGAGCUCCUGACAUGGGGUGCGUACUCCAAAGGCGCACUCGGCCUCGGGGAUCCUUUAGAGUUGCCUCUCGGUGCACCCGGCGGGUAUCAGACAGCAGCAGAAGUUGAGGACGCUCGAACAAACUGGUGGAUCGAGCCUCCGAGGGUCAAUGAGCCCGUCGAGGUCAAGUUUGAUCGCGGGAAAAAGAGAGGAAGACGACGUUGCGUUGCGGCAUCCGCGUCGGGGUGGCAUACAGGUGCUCUGGUGAAUGGCUUCGAGUCUGACGUCGCAGAGGAAUGUGUAGAGGACGAUUGUACAUAGGAUAGGACGCAUCCUACCUUC